AUGUGUCCGUUGAGGUUCAUAUUAGUGUUCUUCUCGGCAGUACUCGCAGGAUAUAUGGCGUGGAGGACGGUGAAUGCUUCCGCGGAACUUUUCUCAGACGAGCCAUCACCAGUCGAAGCGAAUGAUAAACAAGGACGAUCUAAUUCGAAAAGAAAGGUGGAGAAUGGUUUAUGGAUGUUCGUUGAUAUGGCUAGCGGAAGGUACCUUUGGAGAAAUCUCAAGGAGAUGCAUCAGAAGACUCAAUGA